AUGACUCGUAAUCAAUCCUAUUGUCCAACUGUCAACUUGGAUAAAUUAUGGACUUUGGUGUCAGAACAAACAAGAAAAAUUUACGCUACUAAGAAGGAUAGUAAUAUUGUACCUGUGAUUGAUACUCUGAGAGCAGGAUACGGUAAAGUUUUAGGUAAAGGUCGUUUACCUGAUCAACCAGUUAUUAUUAAAGCACGUUAUGUUUCUAGACGCGCAGAAGAAAAAAUAAAAAAAGUUGGCGUAGAAGUAGAAGUAGAGAUAAUAGGAUUAAAAGUAAUAAAAGAAGUGGUAAAAGUAGAAGGAGUAGAAGGAGGAGCAGAAGUGAAAGUAGUAGUAGUAGUAGAAGUAGUAGUAGUAGAAGAAGUAGCAUUAGUAGAAGUAGCAUUAGUAGGAGAAGUAGCAUUAGUAGAAGAAGUAGCAUUAGUAGUAGAAGAAGUAGCAUUAGUAGAAGAAGUGUUAAGAGGAGGAGGAGAAGGAGUGGAAGCGGCAAUAGUAGAAAUCGAAGAAAAAGUUAUGAUGAUAGUAGAAAUAGGAAUAACGAUAGUGAUAGAAGAAGUGUUGUAA